AUGGGCCAGGUCACCACACACUCCCAAGACUCAGUGCUAUGCCAGAAGCCCUACCAAGUCCAAAGUAACCUAGCCAGCCCACGUCCCCGCCUGGCCCUUGCCCUGAAGGACACUGCUGGCCGACUAGGUGACACAGGGCUCUGGCAACAGAGUAAUCUACAGCUGCCAACAGGGAGGUCCCAGGGGAGGACCCGAGAGCCUUCUGUACAGCAGAGUAACCUAUGCUUCCGAGGGACCACUAGCCCCCAUCUGCAAAACAGCUGCCUGCCACCAACUGGCCCAUCCUCCCACCAGAAGCAGACACUCCAGGUCGCAGACACCUUCUUGAGUCUCCCUGGGGGCUUGGCACCUCUUGAUGGGUGCACAUGGCCUGGUCCCAGGUCCUGGUGUGGCUCAGGGAGCUGGGCCCCCAGGCUUGUGGGGGAACCUCUCACCUUGGAGGACCUGUCUAUCUCUGCCCACAGUCAGUCUCAGGCUUCAUCCCCUUUCUCCUGCAGUACUGCCAACUGGCUGCUGGACUCCAUCCAACACCUAGAACCUGAGGCCACCAGUUUAGGGAACCAGAUAUCCUGGGAGCACCCAGGCCUUACCCAGAGUGGACCCCACACCCGUGGUAACCACUGGGAGCUGCUGUCCAAAAGUUUCAGAGUCUGGAGGCACUUGCCACAGAGGCGCCAGGCAGUGGCUAAGGCCACAGCUAUGAGACAUAGGCAGCUGAUUGGAGAGAGCCCCAGAGAACUGCGUUGGGUCCCAUGGCUCCAGGAGACCCGGCUGGAGGCAGCUUGGGGUCAGCAUGAGAAGGCUCUGCUAGCCUGGAGCUUCCGAGAGGUGGCCGACGCCGCUGCUGCCAAGGGCCGUUCCCCUCCACGCUGUAGGUGCUUUAGGGCCUGGCUACGGUUCGUGCAAAGAGGGGCCCAGUGCAGAAGACAUCUGGCCCACCGAAGAGUGAGGACCUUAAGGGUAUGCCUGGGACGGUGGGUGAUGAAGCUCCAGGGCUCAGAUGUGACGGAGGUGACUCAGUUGGCCCUCUACUGGCAGAAGGCAGGGAACGAGGUUCUCAGCAGCUUAGUCCCAGGAACUUCCAUGGUCCCUGGCCUGGAGACAGAGGCCCAGGUCCAACAGCCAUGCAAGGGGCCAGAUCUGUGCUCCCUGUGGGAAAUGUGGCAGAAGUUGGCCCUGUACCGGGCCCUGCUGCUCUGGAGGACACGACUCUACCAGCACCAGCAAGCUGUCUCCUCCUUUCAGGGCAUGCAGAAGCGGGUUCUGCAGCACAUCCUGAGCCAGUGGCACUUGAGGGCCUGGGGUCCAGACAUGAAGGCCAGGUUAGCCCUGGAGGCACAGGGCAGCAGCCCAAGAUGGGAGGCCUGGCUGGACUGCAGAACUUCAGCAGGGGCGCUGGAGAAGCACUCUCCUCAGCUGGAGCCCCUGGACUGCAGCUCAAGGAGCCUGGGAAGACCUAGUUGCUCACUGAGCCUGGAUCAGAGCGUCGGGGCUGUGACGGGUCUGUGCAGGCAGCGGCUGACGCACUCGUGGACAGUGCAGGAGAGUCCAGGAGCGAGGCCGGGGACUGGGCAGCAGUUUCUCCAUAAACAGUACCAGAGGUGGGGGCAAGUCCGCGUCCAGGUUCUUCAGCAGGUGGUGUCUAGGGACUGGCAGCAGGCUUCCCGAUGUGACCGUGUGAGGGACACAGGACUGUCCGAGGACCAGCAUGAAGACUUCCAGGACAACCUGAGAAGAGACCUGGGGGCCAUGCCUGAUAGCUCACAGGAGACCUGCAGAGCAGGGACCCUGGCGCUGGGACCAGCUUGUGGCCUUUGUCCUGGGCUGGAGAAGCUCUGUGCAGCAGAGUGGAGUUGUCAGGCAGCUGGAGGACCCAGGCCCAACAGGCUUUCGUGGUGGGCCGUUAUGGAGUCGUGGCGAGGCCGGUGCGUCCGCAGCCACGACGCGGAGGCUGAUGUGGAUCCGAAGGCCUAUCCCCUCGCUGAUGCCCACCUCACCAAGAAGCUGCUGGGCCUUGUUCGGCAGUGGUGUAACUGCAAGCAGCUUCGGGAAGGAGCCAGUGAAGCCACCAAAACCCUCAACAGAGGCAUCUCUGAGUUCACUGUGAUGGCAGCAGACGCUGAGCCCCUGGAGAUCCUCCUGCACCUCCCUCUGCUGUGUGAAGGCAAGAAUGUCCCCUACGUGUAUCUUUCUGGCAGCCACUGCCUGCAUAGGCCCUCCGAUAGCCCCCUACAGGAUGAGUCCUGUGCAUGGGGAGGGGUGGUCAGUCCACUCAGGCCACUGGCUUUCAACUCUGGCAGGAAGGCCCUGGGGCUCUUGCUCUUUACCCUCGCUGGGUUCCCAGCAGGCCUGGAGCCUGGCAAGGGCAUGGCAGGGCUGGGUGGAUGUCCACUGGGUGGAGCAGCUGUCUUGGUCAGGUCGGUAGGCUCAGUUCCUCUCUACCAAGCAGCGGCCCUGGGAGCAACUUCCCAUUCAUCCUACCUAACCUUGGCUAACUGGAGAUGCUAA